GAGAUGUCGGCGCUGCUGCGAGUGUUCAACGGAUACGGCCCGCGCAGCACCGCCAACCUCACCUACUGGGGCGUGGCGGGGUGUGCCAAUAACAACAGCCUGUAUCGCUACAAUAAGGCCGCUUUUGGCUUGGCGGACCUCACUCAGGGGACGCUUGUCAUGCUCGUGGAGGACAGUGACAGUGAUUGUGGUGCCCAUCCUGCGCCAUCCCGUCCCUGAGAACGCAUCACCGGAGCAGCUGAGGGAGAGUGUGAGCCCAACCGCAUGGGCCAACCUCUGCUUUCUAGAGAUUGAGAUCCAACAGAUGCUCACUCUGCUUGCUAACGGCAGCAGCACCAGCGCCUAUUCGUUUGCCAUGCACGACACCGCCGACCCAGAGCAGCCCAUUCAAGUGCUCGGCCCAGAGUCUUUACGAGUGGAGAGUGGGACCCUCUACCCCUAUGUGCUUCCGGGGCCUGUGGUGCCUUAUCCUAAACACAUUGAGCCUUUUCCUGAAGAUCUGCUGGGCCGCAAAUACGAGGCGCAGUGCAGGUUUGAAGGCCCCUACCCCAAGUGGGACCUCGUGUACGCCCCCAUGCUGCUGGGCCUGCUGGUGCUGCUGGUGGCCGUGCUUUUAUCCACCAUGAUUGCCGUGCUCGCAUGGAAGAAGAGGAAUCUAGAAGAGGCUAUGAAGGAGAUUCAGCUAUGCACGGCGAUUCUGGAGAGAAGUCCAAGAGGAAGAGGCGGCCUGCAAUUGCAGGAGAGGCAGCACGCAGACCUGGUUGAUGCGAGGGCGUGUGCGGGCGAGACGAUAGACCUCAUCAACCAAGUGUUGGACCUCGCCAAGCUGCAGGCCGCCUCUUCCCUACCCCUUUCCCCUCCCCUCCCCCUCGCCUCCUACACAGGCAUGAUAGAGGAGCUGCUAGAGUCACGGUUGGAGGAGUGGCAGGUGGCGGACUUGCGGGAUGCAAGGGCGUGUGUGGGCAUGAUAGAGGAGCUGCUAGAGUGCUCAUUGGAGGAGUGGCAGGUGGCGGACUUGCAGGAUGCGAGGGCGUGUGCGGAGGAGCUGCUGGAUUCGCAAUUGGAGGAGUGGCAGGUGGCGGACUUGCGGGAUGCAAGGGCGUGUGCGGGCGAGACAGUUGAGAUUAUCAAUCGAGUGUUGGACCUGGCUAAGCUGCAGGCCGGCUGGCUGCAGCUCGAGACUCUCCCAUGCUGCCUGCGGCGCAUCGUUCGCGAGGCCACCACCAGUGCCAUGAACAGCACAGCGACCGGUCACAUAGCCAUCCGCCUCUGGUGCAUCUCUCCUCAACACUCUGAAGCAUCGGCUUCGAAAAGGCCUCCUCCCUCAGCCGAUGCUGCCACCACGGGAACCACGCAAGCCUCCUCCUCUGAGCCCCCACCAGCGUCCUCAGCGUGGCAUCAGCUGGGCGCCUGUGUGCGGCGCUUCCCUCCCACCUGCCUGCUUUGCCUCCCCCGGCGCCGCCCACCCAGCCAAGAAUGGUCAGUUUUUGAGUCGACUCAAAAACAGACUCAUCCUCCGCCCACCUGGCUGCUGUGCCUCCCUCAGCACCGCCCAGCCACCCAAGGGGGGCCUGUGGGCAACGGUGCAAGGCAGGAGUGUGGGAAGGCGUGUAGUAGAGACGACGUGGGCAAUGCAGGGGAGAGGCAGGAUGGGGAUGGGCGGUUGGAGGGGGAGGUGAGGGAGUGGGUGGAGGGCGCGUGUGCGGCGAGGGAGGAGGGCGAGUGGUUGGUGGUGGUAGCUUGUGAGGACACGGGCGGUGGUAUUCCACCCGAGGAGCUGCGGUGGGUGCUGGAUCCCCAUGGUCUUGCCGGCCAUUCGUCGCACGACAUGCACGGCAACGGGCAAAAUAAAGUCAUGGAGAGAGUACGGUCGCGGGGGAGGGCAGACCCAUGGAAGGGCCUGGGGAGGUCGGCAUCGUUGCAGCGCGAUCGCAAGGCAGCUGCCGGGCCUCGCUGGACUCCCUACCCUGUCCGCUUCCUGCUCUCCACCUCUCUUGUGGCUGAGAUGGGGGGAGACAUGGCAGUGCUGUCAGACGCCUCCACAGGCACCACCAUUCUGCUGGCACUGCCCUUGGGGGGAGGGGAAGGCUCCAGCAGCAGUGGGAGCUGGGAGGGGAGUGGGAAGGAAACCGGGGAGUUAGGAGGGGCUGGUGAGCAGCGUGUGGGGCGAGAGGGCGGGUCACAGGGAGGCAACGCGGGGCCAGCCAGUGCUGCCACGAUUCUGCCUCACGCGGCUGCUGCUGCUGCAGCGGCGCAACCAGAUUCGCAGCAGCGGCAGACAGCAGGGGCGCGAGCGCUGGUGCACGCACGCACGUUCCCGCAAGCGGAGAUGGACAGGGCUGCUGCAAGCGGGGAGUGCGGGAAGGGCGCGGGGGAGGCGGAGGAGCUGGUGAGAGCAAUACUGGCGGGGCGGGGGGUGGCGGUGGUGGAUGACAACGCGGUGAACCGCAUGGUGGUGCGCAGAACGCUGCAGGGCUACGGGGCGCACGUGCUGCUGCUCCCCUCCGGGGAGGAGGCGCUGCAGGCGCUCUCCUCUGCCUUCUCCUCUCCCACGCCCUCUUCGCCCAUCCAUGUGCUCCACUCUGCUCCUGAGGCACCUCAUAAGGCACUCUCCUCUGCCACGCCCUCUCCGCCCAUCCAUCUGUUGCUCCUCGACCUCCACAUGCCGCCCGGCAUUGAUGGGUGA